GCGCGUAGUUUAAGUGAUGCGUUACUUCAAUGGGUGUCCUUGGGUUGCAGCUGGCGACAACAUUAGUGGCAGCUAGUGUCUUGUCAAAAGUUAUUUCUUUCUACUCAUUUACUCGGCUUUUGGUCGCAGGUCUUUUGAGAUAUGCUGUCCCAACCGAUGAGCAGUUGCUGGAAGCUAGCGGCAAUUGUAAAAUUAAAACGAAAGGCAAGAAGAAAAGAAUUGAUUCGUCUUCCGUAAACUCCAAUGGGACGAAUUGUAACUACGACACUUUCUAUUUUCCUCGCGUGACAACCAUACAUCUGAAGCAAUCUCAUGUAUCUAGUGCCGAUAUUGCCCUCUUACCUUUGUACUCGAGUCAUCAGUGGUUAGUUGACUUCACUGUUUGUGCAGUAUGUGUGUAUUUGAUUAAUGAACUCGCCUACAACUGUGCAAUCCCAUGGUAUGAAGGUUAUGGUCGAAAUCGAACUACACCAACUAAUACUACAGUGAAACAGUCUCCCUCUCCCGUAUCUCUUAGUUUGCGUAUUAAUUUGAGCCUAGUUUGGAUAACACUAAGCCUUUGGUUCACUAUUCGCACACUUAUUUCUCUGACCGCAAUAUAUUUCCGAUCUCAAAAUAGUAACACUAGAAUUGAAUCCCGUCCUUCCAAGCCCACUACAAACGGCAUAUCUACAAAUAUAACUUCAGGUGAAUGUAUACUCAUUCUUGCAGCUGCAUUUUUCUUCCUUAUCGCUGCGACUUUGUUUCUUUCUCUUGAUGGCACAUUUGUGGAUUUUGGCCUCCAAGCUGCAUACGGCAAUAUGACUUUUGGGGAGGUUUCAUCAUCAAGCAGCCCUAUCAUUAGCUGGGGCUCAUUUCAUUUCAUCCUAGCCAUUAUCGCUAGCAUAAUUGGUGCUCUGUUUGUUUAUCCUGGAUUAAAAUUUGGGAAAAUCUACUUGGAUGCUGUAAAACAACUUUCGACUCCAGUAAUGAAGAGAUUCAUACUCCACCUGAAUUUUAUAUGUCCAAUAAUCCCUAUCCUACUUUGGCUUACUUCAAUCACUGAUCAUAUUUCUCGGUCAUUAAUCAUGCUUACGCAUAGUAAUUCAAUAUCUGAACAUCCCUUUCUCUUAAUGAUCGUCAACAUUUUGUCUAGUUUAUUCUUGAAACAUUUGGAUAGUAUCCGGAUACUUACAUGUCUAGCGGUUAUUCUCCUUCGUUUCUCCACUACUCGCUGGAUUUUACAGGCAUACCUGAAUUCCGCACAAGAUAAUUUGGACAAAUUCAGUCGUGAGCCAGGUCAAACAUCAAACAAAGAAGUGCAACGAUUAGUUGCAAGCAUUUUCUAUUGUUUAAAUCUUGUCUCACUUCAAUACAUUACACCAUGUUUUCUAUCUUUAUGCCUUUUAUGCUUAUAUAAAAAUUUAUCCGGUCUCUCAUGGUUACCGUUUCAGUAUUUUCAGCCAUCCUUGUCAUCGAAUAGUACAACUCUGCCUGUCGCUGUUGUAUCGAAUGCUCAAAAUCUAACGAAUCUUUCCUCGUCAGUCCUUUUUUCAAGUAUUAGUCAAAGUAAUCUCACUUCUUGGCCAAGUAUGCUUAUUCAGGCUAGAUAUACUAUUAAUCAGAUAAUGGAUAGUUAUAUUCUACGUGGAAUGACUAUUUCACAUGGUAUAUUCGGUUUCCUACUCUGGUGGACACUACUUAGUUGGCAGUCGAUGAGUUUACUAGGAUUAGCCUAUCAUCGAUUUGCUUCUAAUGACUGACUUUACUAGUGAAUUAAUGAAUUACUUUUAAAAUUCUAUUGUCUACUGUUAAACAUUUUUUACUGAUUUAUAUUUGAAUAAUUCCCUUUAUCACCUUUACCACCUUAUAUAAUGAUUGUUUUUGUUGAUGUGACGUGAUAAAUUUCGUCACUUUAGAAUGUAAUCUAAUCGUCUCUCACCUCAUGUAUGUCCCUUUUCAUAGCAACUUGAAUCACUGAUAAUAUUCCCCUUUUUUGUUUUAUCCUAUUUCACCGCAACACUUUAGUUUACUCGUUAUUUUUUGACUUUACAUAAUGUUUGUUAACUAGCUAACCUCGCCUUACACACCCCUUACUUCUACCACCCCUCCACACACAUACACAUAGCAAACUUCUUUAAGUCCCCUUAUUCUGUUGCUUUCUAUCGUUUUGUUGUAAAAAAAAUACAGCAAAAAUUAUCUUUGUAGAAGUAUAAUAAUAUAUAUAAUAUGAAACAUUUGUUCAUCCAAUUAAUAUAAUUUAUAAUUUGUUAUUGUUCUUACCCAACAAUGAUUUUAAGUGUCUUGUUUUGUUUACUCC